AUGAUCCACCGCAGCGUCACCCUCUUCUUGUCUCCCUUUGCGCCCUCUUAUUAUCUGAUUUGCUCUCUUUGACCCCCAACCAUGUCAAACUCGAAGCAAGGCCACCUGAACGGAGCCUACUACGGCCCUCCGGUCCCUCCGACGCAGUCCUACCACAGCGUGGGCAGCCGCUCCAGCUGCGGCCCCUGCUGCCUCCUCAGCACCCUCUUCAAGUUCAUCAUCUCCAUCGUCAUCAUCGUCGGCAUCAUCGUUCUCGUCGUCUGGCUCGUCUUCCGCCCCCACGAGGUCAAGGUCUACGUCGGCACCGCCUCGCUCACGCAGUUCGCCUUCUCCAGCAACAACAACAGUCUGCAGUACAACCUCAACCUGGACAUGAGCAUCCGCAACCCGAACAAGCGGAUCAGCAUCUACUACGACUACGUGGAGGCCCGAGCGCUGUACGACGGAUCGAGGUUCGACUACGACGUCCUCCCCACCUUCUACCAGGGCCACAAGAACACCACCAUGCUGUACCCGGCGUUCCAGGGCACGAACCUCUUGCUCGGCGACUCCGUCGCCACGACCUACAACAGAGAGAAGCAGGAAGGCUACUACUACGUCGACGUGAAGCUUUACACCAGGCUGAGGCUGAAGGUUUGGAUCUUUAAGAUCCAUUACAACAAGCAAAAGAUCGACUGCAGCUUGAAGCUUCCGGUGCCCGGGAGCUCGGGCAAGUUCGAGGGGACAAAGUGUGAUGUGGAUCUCUUCUGAUCCCCUCACCUCCACAUGGAUAUACUAUUCAUUCAUUGUUUUCUUUUGCUCUUUGCUCUCUCGCGUUUAGCAGCAGACUGUCUCCACCGAUAUGUUUCCUUCCCAUUAUAGUUUUUCUUUCUCGUAUGUACUAUGUCUUGAGUUCAUCAGUUGAUAUGCAUACAUGUUUUAUCUU